AUGGUGGUUCCAGGGGCGAAUCACCGAAUGCUCUUCUCAAUGAAGAUGCUCGGGCUGGCCUUGGCAAAAGGGCUCGUUCGUGUCUGGCUCUCUUUUGCUUUUUUGUUCCUCGAUAAUUUUAUUCUCCUAGCUGCUAUCCUACUUGCUCGUCUCCGCUCGAGACCGGAUCGACGUCGACGUCAGGAAGUCCUGCGAGAUGUACAUUUCUACCCUAAGACGGUCUUGAUUACCGGAAUCGGCACCUCGCAAGGUCUCGCGUUGGCGCGUGCUUGGGAUGCAGAGGGUCACCGUGUAGUCGGCGUGGAUGUCUCUGACCUGGACCUUCCAGUUCGGUCGGGCGGAGGUAUGUCCAAGACUUUGAUUGCAUUUUACCGGGUUCCAAAAGACCAUUACCUCUCGAAGAUUCUGGAUAUCAUCCAGCGUGAGAAGGUCGAUGUGUGGAUUCCAUGUUCGCCUAAGGCAUCUGCUGUCGAAGACGCUACUGCCCGACAAGUAGUGGAGAGUCGCACAGGCUGCAAGUGUAUCGCAUUCGAUACAGAAAUGACAACCUGCUUCCGCAAUACAGAGUCUUUUCGUCAAUUUUUGGUUGAAAAAAAGCUUCCCCUGCUCGAGUACCAUCAGGUUCAGUCGCGUGACUCUAUUCACAAGAUUUUGAACCGAUCGCCGACCAAGUCUUAUAACAUACGACGCGUUAGUUCUGAUUCCAGUGGAGUAGCUGUCAUUCUGCCCAAGCGCACUGUCAGUAAGACGUACUCGGAAGUUAGCGAAAUACAAAUUUCCAAGGAUUCCCCUUGGGUCCUACAGCAACAAACCCGACUUGGAGAAUUCUUUGCGGACGUGCUGGUCGUACGGGGAUAUGUCCACGCCAUUAAAGUCCGCCUGGCCGAAUCCCGUUCCCCACAUUGGGGUGCCUCCCCCUUGGACGAAGCUCUCGCCAAAGCUGUGCAUCAACUCAUGCAAAGUUUUGCUGAGAAGGGUGGUGUGCGAAUGACCGGCCACCUAUCGGUGCGACUUUUGGUUGACGAAGAGUUCGAUGCAUCUUCAGUCCGCCACACCAUUCAUAUCGCCGAUUGCGUCCCCGGAGCCGUGGCUUUGGAGAACCUUCUCCGCGAUGCACGAUGCCCUGUUCGUGGCUACCUCUCUGUCUUAUCUCAGCAGCCAAUCGAGCCUGCUUCUUGGAACGUUCCUGCGACACUCUCACCGAGCCCACGUUCGAGACCAACAAUCGUCGAUCAUGAAAUUGUUUCUCGUUUCAUCUCGCUAUUUCUAUCUCUGGAUUUUGCCAAACGUAUGGUCGCCCUUGUCGAGGCAGAAAUUGUACCAUUUCUUUUCUGGAAGGACGCGCGGUUCUCGCCCAACGACCCCUUUCCGUGGUGGUGGCAUGUGCACGUGUACCAGCCCCUGCGUGAAGUUUGGCAGCUUAUGAAGCACACAAGAGAGGCAGAGCUGACGGGGAAUUCCCAUGCGGGAUGA